AUGAGCCAAAUUAUGGACAUUGUCAGAGGGGCCCAACGUUCUCUUUUCCAACAGUAUAUGUCCUCAAACUGGUUCAAAGUCAACGGGGAGUGGAAGAAGAUCGAGUAUACGUCUGUCGAGGGUUCCAAGCCUUCGGACUUGACUUUUGAUGCUCGUACGGAACCCGAUGACCCAGAUACAUCAACGACGGGGGCAUUUGAAAGUAUCAUUCCCUGUCCUCCACCAUCGACGGGCUCAGGCUAUGAGGCUGCAUUCGAAUACAUCUUUCCUUUCAGAAUCAACGUCUCGGACCCCGGCUGGCCUAUUUCUUUCAACCCUGAUGAAGCGCCCAUGGGUGGCUCGAACACCGCGAACAACCUCUCAUCAGAGCUGCCAACAUCUAGUGGAGGCUCGUCAAUGCCGUCCCUAACUCCAUCGGCGUAUAUCGCUUAUCAAGAAGAACAUGAUUUCUCGUUGCUACCCACGCCGCACUUCUUAGAUUUGGGGUAUAUGUUGCCCGAAGAAGCGGGCCAUACCGGAAUGGAAUUGGCGAGUCACGGAGAGGACACCUCGAAUUCGGCCGAGUCUCAACACGCUUGA